CAUGGUUUCGUAGACUGCGAACCGAACGUGUAGUGCCUUGAAGACGGGGACGGGCCAUAGCUGCGCUCGCCCUAAGGAAACAGGUGCUCUUCACAUAUGUUUGGUUGCUUCAACGCUAGCAUCAAUAGUUCUAGAUGAUUAGCGGUGCCAACGGCAAACUUUCAUCCGUUCCUUAAAGCGCCGAACUCGCCGCGAUAUCGAGUGUAUAGCACAGCUUGUGAAAUUUCAAGUACCUAGGAACGGUGAGGUGCGAGCCUGCGCCGACUCCAGUUCACUGUAGUGUCGGGCAGCAUGACCGAGCGACUGGAGCUGCCUGAAGGUUCCUCCACCUCGCAGGUCCAGCCACAUCAGACAUGCUAGUGACCUGCGAUGUCUUCGCUGCGCUGGGGCGACGAGAAGAGCCGGCGGUGUGGCUUAGGACCUGUGAACCCGCUUUUGGGCACGCAAGCUAUCUCGUCGCGGGCCUCGCCGACCCCGCUCCGGUGGCGCUUCAUCUGCAAGGCGCCAACCAUGCAGCCUCUGCUGCCGCCACAGACCGGCAUUGAGCUCACGCCCGUAGGAGGUGACGCCUUCAUCCCGCACGGCCGUAAGACCCUCCCGAACCUCCUGCUGGACCGCAUUCUUCCGCCUGGGUUCGGAGCGGGCGGCGCCGUGGCCGCUGCCCACAGUCAAUGCCGGCGCCGCUGGUCGGCCGAUGAAGCCGCCGCACACCCGCCUGAUGCUGUUGCUCAUGUAGGGCAGGCGGCAGCGUCGGCAGCUACGGAUGUGGAGGAGGAGGAAGAGGACGCGGCGGCCGGCGCUGCCACAGCAGCGACGGCAUGCUUUGCGGGCGCCCUGCUGCGAAGUGCCGGCGACGGCGACGACGGAGCCCAAGACUUCCUCGCUGCCGCGGGCUUGGGAUUGCUGGUGGUGGCGGGUGCUGACGUCGACACCACCGCCGCGGCGGCGGCGGCAGCUGCCGGCUAUCUCAACCUUCUAAACCUUCCGCCGUCCGGCGGAGGCUACCAACUCGCGGCGGGAGCAAACACUAGCACACACCAGCAGCAGCAGCAGCAGCAGCCGCAACGUUACCACCUACGACCGUCCUCUUGCUGCGGUGGCCCGAACCCCGCUCGCUACUCACCCUAUGCCCGGCCGCCGCCACCCGCCGCCGGGACGUCAACGGUGCCUUUGCCGCCGCCGCUACCGCUGACGGCGGUGCACCGGCUGCUGCAGUGGAGGUGGCAGCAGCAGCCAUCAUCAUUCGAGGAGCUGGCGCCACCGCCACCGCCACCGCCGCCGCCGCCGCCGCCGCUCUGCCGUGAACAGCAGGCGGCCUUCGGCGCUGCCGCCGCCGCUGGAGCGCUGCUGGAAGAGGCGGAGUCGCGCGCCGCGAGCCCCUGCGGCUCGAGCUGCUGUUUCACCUGGCACUGGCAGUCGCAGCAGCAGCAGCAGCAGCAGCAGCAGCAGCAGCAGCAGCACGAGGAGGCCGCCAUGGCGGCGGCGGCCAGCGGCGGCGGCGGUGGCGCGUCACCGCCGCCGGCCAGCCCAGUCGCCACCACCACUGCCGCAGCUGCGCUUAUGGUGAAGGACGCGGCGUCGGCGGCGGCGUCGGCAGCGGCGUCGGCGGCUGACGGCGGCGGCGACAGCUAUUUCCUUCUCCAGGACUACGCGGAUGAUGAGGAAGAUGCCGGCGCUGCUGAUGAUGCGCAUCUGAUGAAUGCCGCUUACGGCGGCGCGCCGGCAAGCGUUCGCGGCCGCAGCAGCAGGGUCAGCAACGCCAGCAGCAUCGUCGCGGGCGCAGCGAUUGCGGCAGCCGCGGCGGCGGCGCUUGCGGUGGCGGCGGCUGCUAUCAAACCUGCUGCUGCUACUGCUGCGGCUGGGCCGCCAAGGGACGCGUACGUCGUGCGUGCCGCCGCCGCGGCAGCAUCUGCGAAGGCGGCGGCUAACGGCAGCAGCGCCAGCAGCGAUUGUGGCUCAAGCACCCACCACGCUCACAUGCUGCUGCCCACGCCGCUGCCGCGGCAGGCAUACGACGACGCGGCCGCCGCCAGCGCAGCAGCUGCAACCGCCAGAGCAGCAGCAGCCGGAGCGGCUGCAGCAGUGGCUGCUGCGUCGUUGGCCACAGCCGCCCAUGUGCAGCGCGCCCUGCAGGCGCCGUGGCGGCACCGCAGCCUUGACGAAGACGACGGCGGCAGCAGCAGCAGCAGCGGCUGCGGCAGCAACAGCGGCGGCCGCCUCCACCUGCCGCUGCCGCUGCAGCAACGGCGGCCUCACACCAGCGGCAACACCGCCGCCGCCGCCGCCGCUGAGGAGGAGGAGGAGGAGGACGCCGACAGCAUGGGAGGUGAUGUGGGUCAGGCCACCGGUGGCGGGGGGGUAUCGCAGCAGCUGAUGAUGACGAUGAUGAUGAAUGCGGCAGCGUCUCCCAUGAUGAGUAACAAGCGGCGCCGCGUCAGCGGUGUUUCCGGUGAAAAUGCUGAUGCCAUGCAAGCCGCCCGCAGCCCGCCAGCCAUCCGCCGCCGGCAGCAGUGGGCAGCGGAAGCAGCGGCAGGCAGCGGCUGCGGUGGCGGUGGCGGCAAGGCUGCUGCUGGUGGUGCCGCCGCCCCUGCAUGGGGGAUGUUGUUGCCUGCCGCCUCCGCUGUCGACGUGAGUGCGACGGCACUGGCAGAGGCGCUGUUUGAUGGGCUGCAGGCCCGCCGCCUGCAGCAGCAGCAGGCGGCCCACGCUGCCCAGCUGCAGCAGCAGGCGCUCAACUAUUCGGCAGCACUGCUGCCGGCGCCGCUGGCGCCGCCACAGCAGCAGCAGUAGUAGCUGUAGGGCUGCUGCCGCCGGUAGCUGUAGCAGCGGAGCGGCGUGCGUGCGCGCGUGCAGCAGGGGGCUGCUGUGCAUCGCUGCUGCAUCUGUGCGCGCUGCGGUCAAGAAGGGCGUCCAACCAUCCACGUCACCGUGGAAGACACACGGCGACGUUACUACGCGACGGACUGCGCGUAUACUCAUGGGUACAGCCUUGGUUCUGCUUUUCCUAGUACAUGUCGGUUGCCCUGACCGCGAUCGUGAUUUUUGCAUUCUUCAUGGCUUUACGUCCGGAUUUGCGGGGAUGCCAAAGGCCCCCAACAUAGAGGCGUGUGCUUAGUAGGCGCCCGCGUCAAGGUGGCUGGGUUGAUAAUGACCCGGGAUCAGCCCUUUUCCUGCCAUAAGGCAGCCACCUCCUUGUUGCAUUCUUCAAUCAUCAUUAUCAUAGUAUGUACGGUGCAUGAUUUGGGGCGGGCGGAAACACAUUGCAUGCGUGCAUCCGGUAUCGGGAAGCAACGCGCGUAUGCAUGGGUCACAUACAAGCGCGUAUUGCCCGCAGCGGUCCGGAGUGUCGGGUGCUUUGGUGGAUGUCACUGCAAGUGGGCCGUGGCCGCCGCAUGCGUGCGUGCAUGCCCGGCACCCGCCCAUCGGCUGUCUCAAGCACACGCUGGUGAGCUGUUGCUGCUUCAAUGCGCGUGUUUUUCUUGUUGUUGUGGUAAGCAUUAUACAAGCCCACAUGCAUCCCGUUUGAGGAUUUGGCUGGUGUUAUGAUUUCCUGAGCACGGUGUUUUUCAUGACUAGGCACGGAGCGUGUUUGAGCGUGUGCGUGCUGCUGUGUACGGUACAGUACUGUACGUGCCAAGUUGAGUCUAAGAUAUUAUUGUAGCCGUACGAAUUCCUCUACAUACUACGUAAAAAAUGAUGUCAAACUCCGCCGAAGCAGGAGGCAUGUUUCAACGUUUACAUGGGAGGCGCGCUUCCGCUAGGAAGAUGUGUGUGAAUGGGGAUUGAGGGCAUUCAAGGCUUGGGGGGAAGUGGCUGGACUGGAUCGGUCCCGGUCGGGGUCAUCACCUGCACCGGAAUCAUCUAAUAGGGUGUCUACAAAGAUACGGGCUCGGCGCAAAUGUUGUCGUUGAAGAUUGAGACCAGGCUAGCAUUCUUGGGCGGUCGGGUGAGCCGCCCGGUCCCUGGUUACCCACAGCAGACAUUUUCAGGUUUUCCUUUUGUCUGUCAUAGUUGGCUGCAACCAUGCCAUGUGGAAUCAGACUGACAUGCGCCCAUAGAAGAUGGCGAUGCCGUGCUUCCAAUGACAUACCGUACCGUACCGUAGAUGUGCCGUUCUGUAAGCGCCUGGGCUGUCGGACUGUCCGUGGCGCUGUUUCCUUAGAAGGCUUGUAAUCCGCAUCCGUAGAAGGCUAGCAGAGCAGUGCUUGCUUUGCUUGCUUGGAAGACGAUAGGUGUGGCAUGCAGCGAUAAUCAGACUGGGCUGGAGGUAUCAAUGGACAGGCUGGCCGGAAGAUGAUUGUGUUGUUGUGUUGUGUGUGGUACUGUGGUUACACGGUGGCUUUUGGUUACAAGGAAGGUGAUAGAUCGUGAAUUGGAACCGUGCCUGAUGAAUGCGCUACCGGUGCAUCUGCGUUGAGUGACAGUCUGCGGAGUCCUCCCUCCGGUAAUCUUCUCGUCUGCAAUAAUGAUAUCGUAACGCUGAUUCAGAUGCAUGUGGCCGCCUAGGUAGUUUGCACAAGGGUCCCGCUGAGUGUUUCCUGAUGCGCCGUGCCGGGGCAGGCCGCACGGUACGGUAUUUGACAUGGACUGAUGGAUUGCGAAUCGACGAUGUGCAGCGGGCUUCAUGCGGUGUUGUUACCGUUCCGUGGAUGCCAUUUGUUUUUGUCAUGCAUUUGCUGUUUGCUGUGUUUUGGCUACCACGUCCGGGCAGGCGUAGGUGAGGAGGAGCGGAAGCUUGGCCGGAAGUCACACUCAUGUUGCUUGUCGUGUUGCAUUAAGCUUGGUCAUCAACGCAGUCGGCGUUCCCGUAGUGUCUGUAAAGGCCCACACACGCCCGACGGCUAGCUUUCCUGUUGUUGCGCCUCGUGCAGCCGUGCAGUCGUGCUCCCUUCCCUGCAUGUGCAGCGUGGGGGUAUUGCUGAUGGAGUUGUUGAGAAGGGGGUGUUGGAACCAGGGUUCGUGGCUUUGUGCCAAUGCGGCUGUUGAAGUUUGAGCCGCACUGGCGCACUGCGUGUGUAGCGUAUGUGAGGCCUGCUCCGUGCGUGCCUGAAUGUGUAACCCACUGUGUCA